AGUGGGGUCCAGAGUCCACACACAGACACAAGGAUUCGAUGAUGUCUGUCUCUCUGUGUGCUUUUUGCAUGGACGCAGCCACGCCCAUGGGUCCGUCAGAUUCGCUCCCUAUCUCCCUCCACUGAAACUCAUACGCUUGUCUCAAUGAUCCUCUGAUAUACCCAACUGGGUCUUCUCUGAAAUCCAAGCUAUCUCCGUACAACUUUAAUUGAACUCAAUCCAAUUCUCAGUGAAAAUUUUUUCAGGGAGAAGCCUAUAUCCUGAUGUCCUGAUUACCUAGUAAGAGUGAUAUCUAAGCAAUGGGGGCAGUAAGCUCUAAAAUAGAGGAAGAUAGGGUUCUGCAGUUAUGUCGUGAAAGGAAGAAGUUUGUUAAGCAAGCACUUGAUGGCAGGUGCUCACUAGCAGCUGCUCAUGUUACAUAUAUUCAGUCACUUAAAAAAGUGGGAACUGCUCUUAGGAAAUUUGUUGAACCUGAAGCUCCUAUAGAAUCUUCUUUGUAUACUUCUACCAGUGCAACACCAGAGCCUCUUACUUUAACUGAGAAGUCCCUCUCUCAGUUCUCAUUUUCUUCCCCAUCUGCAUCCCAACGUGUAGAUGCAACUGAAACCGUUUCUCCAUCGCCUUCUCCUCCAAACUCUAGUCGGUUUCAUGCAAAUCAUAUGAGAUUCAGGGGUACUUCGUACGAGAAGAUUGAAGAAAAACCUUCUUUACCUGUUAUUGGAACAAUGACCUCGUCUAGUACCCUGCAGGAUACUACACCUCAUUCCACUGAAAGGCCUGAAACAUCCCCAUUCGAAGGUUCUUCCCUCCCACCUGGAACUGAACCAUGGGAUUAUUUUGAUCAUGAUUUCUCUUUUCAGGACGGGAGGGGAAUGAACCAAGGUUUGGAGAAUGCUGAUGAUAUAAGACGGCUUAGAGAAGAGGGAAUUCCUGAGCUGGAAGAUGAAGAUGAGAUGGUUUCUUUUGAUGAGAGGGAGGAAUCUCAGGAUUCAGAAGAGGAGUUUGAUGAGCCUGCAACAGAUACUCUGGUCCGAAGUUUUGAAAAUCUAAAUAGGGUUCAUGAUCAUGCUGCAGAUAAUUCUUCACCUGGUAUGCCUUCUGCAGGAAAUGUAGCUUCAGAGACUGAGUUCUUGAAUGGGGAGCAGGGCAACUCCCCAUAUUUGUCACCAUUAAGAACCACAUCUAGUGUUGCACUUCCUACUGACACAAAUAAAACACCAUUAAAAGAAGAUUGUAUUGAGAGUAAGGUUGCCUCUAAGGACUUCUUUUCAAGCAUUAAAGACAUUGAGUUUCUCUUUAUAAAAGCUUCUGAGUCUGGUAAAGAAGUUCCAAGGAUGCUUGAAGCAAAUAAGUUGCAUUUCCGUCCAAUAUUCCCGGGGAAAGAAAGAAGUGGGUCAAUAAAAUCAACUUUCUUGAAGGCCUGUUUCUCUUGUGGGGAGGACCCAAGCCAAGUUCAAGAAGAGCCUGCUCAAAAUUCCAUGAAGUACUUAACUUGGCAUAGGACAGCGUCAUCUCGAUCCUCUUCUUCCAGGAAUCCUUUGGGAGCAAACUCAAAAGACGAUAUGGAGGACCUUGCUGGCGAUCUCUUUGAUAAUAUCUGCAUGAUCUCCGGCAGUCAUGCCUCAACCUUGGAUAGGCUAUAUGCUUGGGAGAGGAAGCUGUAUGAUGAAGUUAAGGCUAGUGAAAUGGUCAGAAGGGAGUAUGACUUGAAGUGUAAAUUUUUAAGACAACUGGAAUCAAAUGCGGAAAGCUCCUCUAAAAUUGAUAAAACUCGUUCAGUUGUCAAGGAUCUACAUUCAAGAAUCAAAGUUGCAAUUCACAGAAUUGACUCUAUUUCAAAGAGGAUUGAGGAAUUAAGGGACAAAGAGCUCCAGCCACAACUUGAGGAGUUGAUUGAAGGGUUAAGUAGGAUGUGGAAGGUGAUGUUUGAGUGCCACAAGCUUCAGUUUCACAUAAUCUCAGUAGCAUACAACAAUGGCAACACCAAAAUCUCUAUACAAUCAGAAUCACAUCGGCAUGUCACUAACGAACUUGUGAAUGAACUCAAUUCUCUGUCAUCAAGUUUUACAAAGUGGAUUGGUGCUCAGAAGUCCUAUCUGCAGGCUAUAGAUGGGUGGUUGUUCAAAUGUGUCCCUCCUUCUGAAACAAAAUCUUCCAAAAGAAAAAGGCGGCAAGAACCUCUAUCUUAUAGAUCCCGUGGCCCUCCAAUAUAUGUGACCUGUGGUGUCUGGUUGGAAAAAUUUGAAGGCUUGCCUAAGCAAGUUGUAGAUUCUAUAAAGGAGUUAGCUACUGAAACUGCCCGCUUUGUACCACGCCAAGAAAGGAACCAGGGGAAGGAUGUGAACCGUCCUUAUUUACCAUCUUGGGAGGCUGAUAAUAAACAUGAUUCAGAAAAUCUGUUGAUAAAUGAAGCUUUGGACAACUGGAUUUCAGGUUUCGAUAAUUUUCGAUCAAACUUGGUGGAAUUUCUUGGUCAGUUGAAUAAAUUUGCAGAGUCUUCUGUCAAGAUGUAUUUUGAACUUGAAGAGGCUAUCCAAGUUGCUAAGAAUCGCUAUGAUCAGUCGAAGUCUAAAUCUCAAAUUUCUUAAGAGGAAGGAUACAGAGAAGAGGGAAGAACUGAAUCACACAUUCAAGGUCCAAUAAAAUGGUGUUUAAAAGAUGCCUACAACACAAGAAGAGUUCCAGAUAACAAACAGUUCAAUGGGAAGUAGCAUUUGUAUAUGGAGAGAAGAAUAAAAGGGUAUUGGUUUAGACACAAAAUAAAGGAACUGGUGGAAAGAAUUUUAUAUGGAGAUGUUAUAAAUGGGGUGGUGAUAGUAGGUGAGCUGCAAUUACAAGUGCUUGUGGCGACAAAGAGAGUUGUUUGCAUAGGAACAGAACUUGUAUAGUUUUUUCUCUUUGUGGAACAUAGGAACUAUGAUAAUAUCCCACUCCUCAUUAUAGUUUAUAAUUAUAUAAAUGUUCUUAUUUCUUUUGA